AUGGAGCCAAUUCCCCCCUUAGUUUUCCGGACUGAGCGUCUCGAACUUCGUCCACUCGUAGACAGCGACGCGGAGGGAAUGUACGAUAUCCGGUCUAGAGAGGAGACAAUGAAGCAUAGCUUCAAAAAAGUCUCUGAUAUAGAUAUCUCAGAUACUAGGGAAUGGAUUCGGGCGUUCUCAACUUCGAAUCUAAAGAUCGCAUACGCGGUGAGGGAAGUACAUACACACACCAUGUCAGUAUCUGAUAAGGAGGGUAAGGGCGCAUCGUAG